CGUAGUGGUUAGCGCGCUGCGCUACGAACCCGGCGACCCGAGUUCGAUUCACCCUCACGACCAACACCGGUGACGAUUAUCUGAACUGGUCCUGGGCCUCCCCGAGGGUCUACUCAGCCUCAAAUGAGUACCCAGGAGCUGUGUGUAAACAUCGCCACUAGGGAGACAAAGGCGGCCGGGCGUGGUCCUGACCACCCACCUCAUCGUGUGCCGUGCCGACCUUCAUAGUGAGGAGUGAGCGGAGAGUGGUGGCCUCGCUCUGGUCACUGCGCCACGCAAAACCCGAGUUGGAGUCCCACUCCCCGGCCACUGCCGACAUCGGUGGCGAGUGGCAAUUAAAACUCUUCCCGAGACUUCCCCUAGGUCGACUCAGCCUCAUCAGCUGCGUGGAGACACAAAUGCUCCUCCCUGCCCUGUGCGAUCCGCACAUCAAAGGCGGACCCACCUCCCUGUGCCACGCACCUUUUACCGUGGAUAUUACAACGUUUCGACCGUGGGAAACAUAUAUUUAGCUCAUCUAACGUCGGAAAAAGGCGUGUGCAGGUGACAGCGGCCGCGGAUCGACGCGAGGUAAUUGGGACACGCGAGAACAUGGAUGACGUCACCAAUCACCGCGUCGAGCACCUCGCCAUGUUCUCCGUGGACAAGCGAGCGGUGCAGCGGGCGGUGCCCGUGGGAGUGCGCAAGCUGCACGUGCUGCAGCACAAGGGCAAGGUGUGGAGCCAGGAGAUGAUGCUGCAGGUCAAUGGCCACUCCGUCUGCCUCAUCAGCAAAGACACGCAGGACGUGCUGGAGAACUUCCCGCUGGCAUCGGUGCAGCGCGUGGAGGCCGUGCCGUUUGAGCUGGAGAUCGGGUCGUCGCGGGAGGAUGGCCUCCUUGCCAUCCUGUGCCAGGACGACACGCAGAGCCGGCCCGACAUUCACCUCUUCAGCUGUCGCGAACUUCCGGUGAACCUCGUCUGCCAGGACAUAACGAGCGCGCUUGCGGACGCUCAGGCGGGGAAGGGCCGCGCGAAGGAGCGUCCUGCUGUCGUGGAAAAAAUCCGAAAGUUGGAACAACAGCGGGAGGACCAGAGUGCCGCCAAGCAGCGACCCGCCGAUGUGCCCCCCGGCACCUACACGUACACACCUUUCCCGGCCGCCGCCGCAGCGCCCAUCCCGCGGCCGGAGUCGGUGACCCAGCAGCAGCAGCCGCCGCCCGAGGCCGCGGCGCUCCCCAAGGGCGUGCGGAGCAAGGAGGGCGCUGAGCGGGCGAAGCCGGCGGCCGCCGUGGACCGCGCGACCCCCAGGCUCGCCGGGGAGGAGCAAGGAGGCCACGGUGCUAAAGAAGCCGGAGUCCAGAGGAGGGCUGAUGACAAGGAGGAGCUCGCGGAGCACCCAGAUAUGCAAGCCUUCAAGGUGGUGCAGAACACGCAAACCCUGACGCGGGCCCUGGAGGACGUGGACUUCUUCGUGGCUAAGUUGGACCGCGUGGCGUCCGCGUGCCGCGAGCUGCACAAGCGCAAGGGCAAAGGGCACAGCGCCAGGGUCGGCUCCGGAGUAGGGGUGCUGACCCUGCGUGCAAAGCCGCCCACCGAGGAGGAGUUCAUCGAGUGCCUUCAGAAGAUUAAGUUUUCAUUCAACCUGCUGGCUCGGCUGAAGGAUCACCUCCAUGACCCCACUGCCGAUGAACACGUGCAAUCCCUCUUCCAGACGCUCACCAGGGUCGUGCAGGAGAGCGGGGGCCCCGAGCUGGCCGAGACGGUGGUGAGCCCCCUGCUCACUCGCGACGCGCUGCUCCUCCUCGCUCCGUGCACCGGCGGGGACGGCAUCCACCUGUGGAGCAGCCUGGGGGAGGCGUGGAACACACCAAGGUCCGCGUGGAAUAAGCCGGCGCCCGUGCCCCACUACGUGCCCGUGUUCCGAAGCGGCUGGCACCCCCCCGCGCAGAAGAAGGUUUCGUUUGUGGACGCCGAGCCAUCUCAGCCCAGCCCCAGCGCGUGGCCACCGGGACAAACGAGGGGGAUGGCGCGCUGCCUCUACGACUACGUGGCGAGGAGCAGCAGCGAGAUCUCCGUGCUUGCUGGCGACGUCCUCCAGGUGCUGGACUCGACUCGGUCGUGGUGGAAGGUUGCCAGCAAGGGGGCCCAGCAGACGGGAUACGUCCCCCACAAUAUCCUGGAGCCUCUCAACUACAUCUUGUACCCCAUGCCCACACCGGAAAUGGACCGGGGCAAGGGGGCCCCCUUGCCACCCCCCUUGUCUCCGUCGCCCAUCGUGGGGAGCCCCAAGGGGGCCCCAGUGGACUACUACCCCAACACCUUGAAGCAGCAAGAGGGCAACAAACAUAAGCCGCCUAUACCUGCGGCGUGGAAAGACCGCACGGUGCAACUGGACCAGAUGCAGCAGGAGUUGGCGCUGAAGCUGAAACUCAGGAAGGCGGUGAAGAAAACGGCUGGCAACUCGGACGAUGAGGGCGUCAUCGACGGGGAGAGUGAUGACCCCGGAGACCUGGAGAACUGAGCGGAAGGGAGCGCUCGAGGCGGUUUUCGAACGGCGGUGGCCGUGAGCGGCGCAGAAGGCCAACGGGGAUGGGGGUGACGGAUCGAGGCCGGUGGGUUGGGGCAGAGGGGGGGGGGUGCUGCCCGUGUCUCUGCCAUCUCGCGCUAAUGUUGGGGGUUCGAUCGCCAGUGGCAAGGCUGUCACGUGGGUAUUUUCGAUUGCACCCUCGAAUUUCCCCCAUUCCCCCUCUCCCCCAAUCAUCGGCUGGAAUCUGAACUUGACACUUGUCAAUUUGUGGACCAAUACGUAAAUGGUGUCAUCACGCACGCGGCACGUGCAAACGCAAACAUGUACACUCGUAAUAAAAAAUAUACUAAUACUUUCAUUUUAUAUAGUGUCAUUCAUGCUAAUAGCAUACCACAACGCUGCACAUUAAUCACAUAUAACGACCAAAUCCCACAUAUACAGCCACUACCAAGCAAAUGGACACCCCCUACUGCCAAGUAAAAUCAGAAAUGAAUAAACAAAUUAAGAAAUGGCACCAAACAACAACAAAAAUUAGUCCAUUCAUUGAAUACAACUCAGACGUACAGCUCGCAACUACAGUAUUUGAUGCCACCAAGACACCAAACAUGCUCGCCGCUCCUCAUACAUAUGAAAAAAAUAUAUAUUAUUCACGCUCAUGCACAUUUUCCCAUUGAUGGGAAAGCUUCCGCUGUUGAGGAACGUGCCGAUAGUGAUUUAUAAUUCGUGAACGGUUCUUAACCGAUGACCAAAUACCCCGUAAUAUGCCCGAUCUCGUCAGAUCUUGAAACCUAAAGCAGAGUUGAACCCGGCCAGGGAUGGGAUGGGUGACUGGCAUGUGUGUACGUAUGAGCGUCUUUCGCACCGUACGUAGCCAACCGCGCUAAUCGGAGGUGCGCGGGUGGGGGGGGGGGGCGGAAAGGACAACACAUUAAACACAAAAAGGAGUUCUAAAGAAAAGAGUUUUCAAUCUAGAUUUAAAAGUGCAUAGCGCCGAUGGUUUCCUCAUAUCGGAAGGCAUGCGCAGACAGACAGGCGUUGCCAUAGGGCUGCGGGACUACGUGGUGGGCAGCAGAGGGCGCACUGCAAAUAAUUGCAUUGUUGUGUUGCACUUCUAUGAUCCCAUGCCUGUGCCACCUUCAUCAGACCUAACUGGCCGGCGUGGUGGAGCGUGGCCAGUUUCACGGCCACGACCCGCACAGUGCGUGGUGGGCUCUGUGGGGGGCCCUGUGGGGGGCCCUGUCUGACAGUGGAAUCCACACGCUUCGCAAACGUUAGAAGACGUACGCUCGCACAACAACAACUGAUAACGUACAUUUUAUUAUAUAUAUUACAUAAUACUCAAUAGACAUAAUAAUACUACACAAUAUGCACAUUACUCAGUAGCAUGCGGGUAUGCAUGAUGCAUAUAUAUAAUUACAUCGGAUACGUACAGAUGCAAACUUUAACAAAACAGUAGCAUUCACCACUAGGUGAAUGAUUGGAUAAACACGGGGCCUAUGGCAUGCUUCGCGUACCAAUCAAAGCCACAUGGAGUGGUAGGAGGUUCAUAGGCACUGGAUGGAGAUAUUCUUUCGGGAGCUGAAAUAAUGUUGAGGUGGCUGGAAAUAUUUUUCGUUUCAAAAUAAAUAACCACAUUUAAAGAGUAAUUAAAAUAGAAAACAAUUGAGAAAAUGUAUCUAUAAAAAAAACCAAGAGUGCAAGCAAGGUUGCCACGAGCAGAGAACGUGGGAGACCGAGGACGCAUCCACAGGCACAGGUUCACCAAUCAGGCCAGCCAAGAGUGAAAUAUUUCUCUCCUCAAGGUUCAAUGAACGUGCUUCUUUAAAUGCGUGGAGUCUGGCGAGCGUCACACGGAGAGGACCCGCGUUUGCCUCGUGGUGGCCUUGCGCUCUCUCGGCGAGUGCGGCUUCGAGAGGUUUCGCUGUGGGCUGGCUGUGAAUAAUCUGGGCCCAGUUAAUAGUUAUUCUUGGUUCUUUCGGUAAAGUCACGUAGAAGGGGAAUAAUAAAAUAAUAAAAAUAAAACAUCGUAAAAUGCUCACGACGUUUCGGCCACAGCGCAAGCAGCCGUCCUCAGGUGAAGAACAGAGCUGAAUUAAAUCACGACGUUUCGGGCAUAACACAAGCGCCCGUCAUCAGGUGGGAAAGCAUGGCCUACUGCUGAAUGCUGAUGCAGACUGUUUUAACAGUUUUAACAGUCUGCAUCAGCAGUAUUUUAUUUGUUACCUACGUGACUUUACCGAAAAAACCAAAGAAUAUGAAUCCCUGCAGUCACGAAAGCUUUAAAUCGAAAUUCAGUUAAUAGUUUUUUUUUAGGCGGCUAGAAGCCCUCGUAUAAGCCCAGCCAGACGAGCACCGCACUAUGGGAAACAACCACUCUAUGGGAUGGUGAAGAUGGGGACAUUUAAUAUUAUUUAUUUUACCAGGUAAGGCCCACUGAGCUAUGUAGCUCUCUUUCAGAAAGCGACCUGGCCACAAAUGACAACUGAACCAAGUGGCUUAUCACGCGGAAAUGUAUCGCAGCCAAAUACUCUGAACGCACGUGGAGGAACUGGAGAAAAUUCCACGCGACAUGCAAACUCCAAAUACACAGGAUUUAACCCAGGGCUUCUUGUACACCAGGCGAGGUAGUUAACAUCUCGCCACCAUGGCAUCCCCGCGACAUUGUUGUGGGUGCAGAGUUUAAAGUCCUUUGACAGAUCACUGAACAGAGCCAUGUGGUUGGGUGGACAAAUGAAAGCAGCAGAUUCAAAUGAAACGUGCCUCCUAUCUGUGUCGUGUACAAGAUGUUUCGUAUCGUUAUGCCCUUCCUAUUUCUACACAUGUGCAAAUAUAUAUAUAAAGAACAUCCAUUUAAUAGUUGUAUGAUUUUUUUUGUU